AUGAAGCACAUCAAUUUGUCCUUUGCCGCCUGUGGAUUCCUGGGCAUCUACCACUUGGGGGCAGCGUCUGCCCUUUGCAAGCACGGCAGCAAGCUGCUGAAGGACAUGAAGGCCUUCGCGGGCGCCUCUGCGGGCUCCUUGGCGUUCACGGUCCUGCUGACAGCACCGCAGAAAUUAGAGGAAUGUAAAGCGUUCAUCUACACGUUUGCUGAAGAAAUCCGCGGGCAGUCCCUCGGGGCCGUGAAGCCCAGCUACGACUUCGUGGCCCGACUCAGGUGUGGGAUGGAGUCCAUCCUCCCCGCCAAAGCCCACCAGCUGGCCCACCGCCGACUGCACUUGUCCAUCACCAACACCAGGACCAGGCAAAACUACUUGGUGUCCAGCUUCAGCUCCCAGGAGGACCUCAUCAAGGUGCUGCUGGCUAGCAGCUUUGUGCCCAUCUACACUGGGCUGACACUGGUUAAGUACAAAGGGCAGAUUCUGCCCAACCAACCGUCCACUACAUCCACCAUCUGCCGGCCCAUUAACUGCUCCGCCAAUCACCAGCAGAUCCACACAGAUUCCGCGCACCAUAUUCCAUACCCGCCUUCUGGCCCACCAGUCAUCUGCAGCCCACACAUGCCCCACCCACCACAAGCCACGCCCAUCACGUGCCACACCCACCUCCUGCUCUACCAAUCAUCUGCCUGCUCACUGCCUGCCAUUCCCACCGUGUGCUUCGCCCACGCCUCCCACGCCUACUCCUCCAGACUUGGUGGGAAGUGGGCGCUUCGGCGCUCGGCGGGUCCCCAGGGUGAGAAGUUGGGGCCUGGAGCAGAUCCGGAGCCAGGCCGGCCGCCCCGCUUCGGCACCACGCACCUACCCCCAGGCGCGCACAACUCCCAGACCCCAGCAGGGGCGCGGGAGGCUUGA